AUGGCAGCUCAAAUGUACCCUCGCCCCGACUUCGAGCGCGCGCGUGUGCACUGGAAGUCGCUCAACGGCCCGUGGGACUUCCUCUUUGACGAUGACGAUGCCGGAUUGUCCGAGGGGUGGCAGCUCAAGGGCCUCCCGGAGCAGGUGGUUGCCACUGGAGCCGGGUCGUCCAGGCCGGCGCACGAGUCGGAGAGCGAGAGCAUCACGCAGAAGAUUGCCGCAGGCACGCAGAACCUGCUCAGAGACAACCUGGCUUUCCGGGGCCUGACGGCCACAACCCACCAGAAGCGGCCAAUCCAAGUGCCCUUCGUGUUCCAAUCGCCCGCUUCCGGCAUCAACGAGCGCGGGGACCACGAGGUCCUGUGGUACGAGCGCCUCGUCGAGGACAUCCGCACGGCCGAGGAGAAGCAGCGCGGGGACAGAGCGCUGCUGCGGUUCGGUGCCGUCGACUACGAAGCCAGCGUCUGGCUGAACGGCCAGCUCGUGGGCGGCCACCGCGGCGGACACGUGCCCUUUGAGAUUGAUGUCACGGACGCGCUGGACUCGGGGCCGGCUGGCCCGCUGAGGCUCACCGUCCGGGCCUACGAUUCGGCCUACGACCUCACCCAGCCGCGAGGCAAGCAGUACUGGGGCGCCAAGCCGGAAAGCAUCUUCUACACGCCGUCGGGCGGCAUCUGGCAGUCGGUCUGGCUCGAGGCGGUGCCGGCGGCGAGGAUUGCCGACAGCAGCUCCGGGACGGUGCUGCGCGCCAACGACAUCGAGUCCGGCGACGUCCACGCCCAGAUCGCCGUGCUGGGCCGCAAGGCCGGGCACCGGUACAGCGUCGAGCUCGAGGCCAGCUUUGCCGGCAUCCCGGUGGCCACGUCGCCCAAGAAGGAGCUCCCCAAGGAGAAGGACCACGUGACGCUGGCCCUCGGACUGCGCCUGUCGCAGCAGCAGCUGGCCAGCCUGCCGGCGGCGGUGCACCAAGAGGCGCCGGUGGAGAGCGAGCGUUGCUGGCGACAGGGCCUGGCGCUGUGGUCGCCCGAGCACCCGCUGCUGUACGACCUGACGCUGCGGCUCUUCGACUCGUCCGAGGCGCUGGUGGACGAGGUCAAGACGACGACGGGCAUGCGCUCGCUCGACUGGACCAAGGGCGACGGCGCGCUCCACCUGAACGGCCGCCCGCUGUUCCAGGCCCUGACGCUCGACCAGGGCUACUGGCCCGACACCUUCAUGACGCCGCCGUCGCCCGACAGCCUGCGCGCCGACAUCGAGCUGUGCAAGAGGAUGGGCUUCAACGGCUGCCGCAAGCACCAGAAAGUCGAGGAUCCCGUGUUCCUGUACUGGGCGGACCGCCUGGGGUACAUUGUGUGGGGCGAGAUGGCCAACGCCUACCAGUUCAGCCAGCAGUAUGUCGACCGCUUCAACCAGGAGUGGACCGAGGCCGUCAAGCGCGACAUCAACCACCCCUCCAUCAUCACCUGGACCCCCGUCAAUGAAAGCUGGGCGUACACGUCGCUCAAGGACAGCGUCGAGCAGCGGAACCACAUCCGCGCUCUGUACUACAUGACCAAGCCCAUCAACGACAACUGCGGGUGGGAGCACGUGUGUACCGAUCUCACCACUUUCCAUGACUACAGCGAUGCUCCUGCCCUGGCAGAGACCUGCGCCACCUUGGAUGGCAUUCUCCGCCCCAAGGCCGGCAGGCCCAUGUUCGUCGCCCCCAUUCCCGGCCUGGACCCGGGUGCAGAGCACCGUCCUGGCGCCGUCACUCUGAACACCGAGUUCGGGGGUGUCAACAUUGCCGCUGCCGCCGCCGACGCCGCCGACGAGUGGGGCUACACCACCGCCAGCGACCCAGACGAUCUGCUGCAGAGGAUCGAGCGUCUGAUGAUGGGCGUCGUUCAGCCAGGCCACUCCAGCGGCUUCGUGUACACGCAGCUGGCCGAUAUUGAACAAGAGACCAACGGUCUUUACUCGUUCGAUCGCAAGGAGAAGCUCAGUGCAGAGAAGGUAAAGGCUGUUUUGGAUAAGGUGCUUCGUGUUUUCUACAGUAGCCGCGGUCUGUAA